AUGGGCCCACCAAUUUUGCCAUCUGCCAUGGCGACCUAUCAUGCUGCUGGCGCGUUUGCUACUGCUAGUAGCGUGGAACGUGGAGCUGCUGGCGCGAAAUCCGCUGCUGGCGCAAUUUCUGCUGCUUACGCUGCACCCGUCGCGCUGCCCCCUGUCGCUCCGCCCAUCGCCCAGCCCGUCGGGUCGCUUCGUCGCGGCUCACUGGCGCGGCCCCUUCUCGUCACCCCCUGUCGGGGCUGUUCCCGUGUGCAGCGACAGCCGCUGUGGGGGCGGAGAGCCCAUGUCCUGCCCCGUUCAGGCCGUGUCCUGCCCCGUUCUGCCCGUGUUGCCUCGUUCAGCCCGUGUCCUGCCCCGUUCUGCCCGUGUUGGCCUGUUCUGCCCGUGCUGCCCCGUUCUGCCCGUUUGUGUCCUACCCUUGCUGUCCUUACCCGUUGGUGCCCCACCCGUGCUGUCAUUUCUCGCUCGUGCCCCACCCGGUCUGUGCUGCCCAGUCUCGUGCUGCCCGUCACCCCCGUGCGGCCCGUCCCGUACAGCACCUAG